AUGGCUAUCAACCAGUAUGAUGGCUAUGCUCAGUCAACCCCUUCACGACAACGACAGCCAAUGACCAAUGGUGUCGGCGAGAGCGAAAUACAGGUGUUAUGUGGUCCAUUGAUCAAUCUACAGCAUAUGAACUACACAGGCAGAACGCCAACAUGGCAUGGUACUGUACUGGUGGUCACAAAGCCAAUCGGUACUACACCGCAUCUCCAUUACGGUCCGGCUGAGUCGCGAGGAGAGAGCAACACAGUGGAAGGUCUGAAGCUUUAUGAAGAUCCUGACAAGGCAUUCUGGCGCUUCUCCCUAGAAGUCCCACUCAGCGAAACCCAAGCGCAAUGGACAUACCACAUCCCCUCCGUUCGGUUCCUGUCGGACGUCAAUCAGAAAGAGUGUACAAGGUCAUUUUUCGUUCCUGGAGCCGCAGAUUCAAUGCGCAUCAUGUUUCACUCCUGCAACGGCUUCUCAGUCGGUACAGAUGAGGACUUUUGGUCCGGUCCUGCGCUCUGGAACGAUGUCCUACGAACCCACGAGCAGCGGCCUUUUCAUGUUAUGAUCGGAGGUGGUGAUCAAAUCUACAACGACGGAGUGCGAGUCAAGGGACCUCUGAGACAAUGGACCGAUAUUAGCAACCCUCACAAGCGUCGACAAUAUCCCUUCGAUAAUAAGCUGCGGUCAGAUUGUGAUCAGUUUUACUACGAGAACUACGUAAGAUGGUAUAGCACGGAACCCUUUGCAGCCGCAAAUGCUAGCAUACCUCAAGUCAAUAUCUGGGAUGACCACGACAUCAUUGACGGAUUCGGCUCCUACAGAGAUAAGUUCAUGAAGUGCGCAGUCUUCCGAGGUAUUGGUGGUGUCAGCUUCAAAUAUUACUGCCUUUUCCAGCAUCAUACCGCUCCUCCCGUAUCGACUUUUACGACCGAUGCCCCUCAGACCAUGUCCGCGACUGGUCAAGGAACAGCCGGUGCUGACCCAAGACAAACAGAAAAUACCUACGUGUACAAAAGGACAGCCGAUGACCCAAGCUGGAUCGUUGGAAAGACCCCAGGCCCAUAUGUGGAGGAACGGUCGCGCAGUCUGUACAUGCGCUUAGGCAAGAGAAUCGCAUUCUGCGGUAUUGAUGCUCGAACAGAGCGAACGAGGCAUCAGGUCAACUACCCCGAGACAUAUGAGCUCAUAUUCGGCCGUCUCGAACGAGAAAUCGCCGAAGCAAACGGUGACAUCAGUCACCUCAUCCUCCUGCUCGGUGUACCAAUAGCCUAUCCACGUUUGGCAUGGCUAGAGAACAUUUUCACAAGCCCUAUAAUGGGACCUCUCCGAUUCCUCAACAAGCGUUUCGGCGUUGCAGGUGGCCUCUUCAACCAAUUCGACGGCGAAAUCGAUCUUCUUGACGAUCUAGACGAUCACUACACAGCACGUCAACAUAAGACAGAGCGCAGAGAGCUGAUGCUCCGACUGCAAAGAUUUUCCCAACAACACUCAAUUCGUGUGACUAUACUUGGCGGUGAUGUUCAUCUCGCAGCCGUAGGACGCUUCUACUCCAACGCUGCUCACGACACACCAGCCGAGCACGACCCUCGCUAUAUGGCCAACAUCAUCUCAAGCGCAAUCACCAACAAGCCACCACCAAAAGCAGUCGCAAAUCUACUCGCUAGACGCAACAAGAUCCAUCACCUUCGAGACGGAAAUACAGACGAAACGUUGCUAGACAUGUUCAACGAACAACCAGGCGGACAAAUGAAGGGCGCAGCCAACAACAAAGCCACCAUGCCCUCGAGAAACUACGCCUGCAUCACUGAGAUUCCUGAGUAUGGGUCACAGACAGAAACCAAUCCUCACAUGAACGGAUACAGUCACCAAUCAAGCGCUGGCAAUACCGUUCCCGUCCAAAUGGGAGACACCGGCGAGGAAGGCAAACAACGACCAACGCACGAUAGCAAAAAAGGGCGUCAUCCACUUCACGAGGGCGAGGUCAAUGCGGGCACGAACCACGUUGCCGCUGAUGGCGUAAGUAGCCAGGGCACGUUGAAGGGUGGAUUGAACGUGUCUAUCCGUGUGGAAAUCGACAACCGCAGUCGGAACGGAGAGACGGCUGGAUAUGGUUUGGCUAGUAAGUUAUAA